AUGGUUCAGUGCUCAAGCAGCAAAAUGAAUGCAUCAAAGCUUGUCAAUUCUUUGCUUGGCUUAAGUCAUGUUCGAAUUCAGAAUGUGGAGACAGUUACAAAGAAACUUCAAUUAAUGGCACAAGCGAGCAGCAACAGACUUAUGACAAUCUCUGAUUUCGACUAUACUCUUUCUCGAUAUCACAAUAAUGGACAAAAAUGUGUUACUACACAUGGAUUGCUUGAAUAUGUUGCUGCCGAAAUCAAUCCUGAUUUUCAAAGACGUAUUUGUGAAUUGCGUGAUAAAUAUGUUGUGAUUGAAUACUGUCCUCAGACGUUGAUGGAAGAUAAAAUUCCUAUCAUGGAGCAAUGGUGGAGAGAGUCACAUGGAUUGAUUGAACAGUACAGACCGAAGAAAUCAAAAUUACGUGAUGCUGUGAAGCGUUCGCAGAAUGGCUGUGCUGAUUUUCUUUUAACUCUUCAUCAAGCAAAAGUUCCAGUUGUAUUAUUUAGUGCUGGAAUAGGGCAAAUAAUUGAAUUUGUUUUGGAGCAUCAAUGUGAUGAACGUCAAAUGGACGAAGCUUUUCGUCUCAGAGAUGUUCAUAUAAUCUCUAAUUUUAUGCAUUUUUCAUUAGAACAAGAAGAAGAAGAGGCAGAAUGUGUUGGAUUUGUUGAACCUUUAAUUCAUACUUUUAACAAAAAUUCGUCAGUAAUAUCACAAGAAGCCCCGUUUUUUAAAAGUAUUGCUGAAAGAACUUCUGUGUUAUUACUUGGAGAUAGUUUGGGAGAUGUUCAUAUGGAUGUUGGUGUUUGUCAGGAAUUAAUUGUUCUCAAAAUUGGCUUUCUUAAUUUCAACUUUGAUAGCCUUAUGGAACGUUAUAUGGAAGAAUAUGAUAUUGUUUUGGUUGAUGAUCAAACAAUGGAAAUCCCUUCAAAAAUAUUUUGUUAUAUUCAUAAUGAGGGUGAACAGGUUGAUAAUGGUAUUAUUGAUGGAUUUUCUGUUGAUAUGGAGAAAACAAUUGAGAAGGUUAAAUAA